UUCAACAGACUACACCAAUGGCUAUCACUGCCAGUAUAACCAUCGUGGCCAUCUCAUCUCUCCUGAUGUCUUGUGUCUCAGUGAAUGGAAUGGCUCUUCCAUCAGACGACGGAUACAUUAAUCUUGCCAACCCUCCUGUCGACGAGCCUUGUGUGGAUUGUGAUUAUUACGGUGUCCCCUUUAAAUGCGAGUACGUCGAAUGCGCACAAAUCGAAGGCUGUGUCAUACCUAAAGGGGAGUGCUGCCCUCGCUGUGAGAGAGUUGGCAAAUACUGUGAGGUAGAUGGCAUCGUUAUUCCGAUGUACGAAUAUGCGGCGUUCCCGAACUACACGGUCUGUCUGUGUGAAAAUGCAGGAGAUACUGAAGACAAUGCGAUACUGUCGGCUUAUUGUUUCCUAAAUGAACCCCUGAAUAGAGUUACAUAUGAAGAGUACAAUUGGUUUGAACAUGUUCCCGACUCAGAUACAUGUGGAACAGUGGACGGCUACAGCGUGAAGAUUAUGGGGGAAACUUUGUCCUUCCCGGAUGGCCGCCAGUGUUGGUGUGAGUUUGCAUUUGACGGAUACGUACUUGAGUGUUCGCCACCGACAAAGUCGUUGAUUAAGUCUAACUUAGAAACACUGUUAACAACACCAGCAGGUAAACCAGCUGAAAUAGUAUUAGACACACCAUCUGAAACACUGUCUAAAACACCAACUGAAACUGAAACACCAUUAAAAACAACAUCAGCAACCCCACAAGAUUCAACAAAGAUGGUUCUGGAAUCUACCUAAGGCUCAGCGUACCCUGAGUGUGGUCAACUAGAAAAUCAAGCUCUGAUUUAAUUGUCGAGUUGACAAAUCAUUAUUAACACAAGCUGGAGCUUUGAAUUAUUCUUGUAUUUUAACUGCAAUAAACAUUAAACAUAAAUUA